UUCUUCCCCGGAAGUGUUCUAUUGUCGUAAAACAGUGAGCGUCCGAACGUUCUAUCUGUAGAAGCUUGAGCUCCGCCGGUGCCUCCCACCCCAGCACCCUGCUCAGGAUGUCUCUAGACUGGAUUGGCUUUGGCUAUGCAGCAUUGGUUGCUUCUGGUGGAAUAAUUGGCUAUGCAAAAGCAGGAAGUGUCCCGUCCCUGGCUGCUGGUCUUCUCUUUGGUGGUCUGGCAGGCCUGGGAGCUUAUCAAUUAUCUCAGGAUCCCAAGAAUAUUUGGGUUUCUCUAGCUGCAGCAGGAACUCUGAGUGGCAUCAUGGGAAUGAGAUUCUACAACUCUGGAAAAUUCAUGCCAGCAGGCUUAAUUGCCGGUGCCAGUCUCCUAAUGGUUGGAAGACUCGGGCUAAAGAUGUUGGAUAAGCCAAGGCAAGCGUAACUAUAAAUCUGAGUCAAGAUUGAUUAGGAAUUUUGAAAACUCCUGGGAAAUUAGCAGAGGACCUGAGCAUUUGUACAUAUCUUGAUAUUUUUGGAGAAUCUUUUUUUUUUUUUUAAGCCAAAGAAGUAAUGAACUUUGUGACCCAUCAAUUAUUGAAUCUCUUUGUAGGCAGCAAUCCCGUCUCAUAGUGGGCUGCCAUUAUAACAGUUUGGUUCAGUCUCCAAGUUGUCUCCAGAGGUGUCAGAGAUUGGGUGUCAGCAUCUUGUGACACCUGAAAUAUUUUGUACUGGUUGCAGGGGUUGUCUGCUGUAUCACAGAGAGCCGUAUUGUGAAAGGAAGAUAAUGAAGUUGUAUUUCCAUCACGUUUGGUUAUCCCCAAUUAUAUACACUUGUCUCAGAGCAUCAAUUAAAAUGUUUUAUGAAAUCGUG